AAUUAACAGACGAAAUGGCUUUUUUCUCACGAAACCAUGAAAGUGCGUCAAAUUCCAAUUUAAACAUAAUUCCUAAUGAUUCGUCACGAGCGAAGCAUGCUUUGUUCGACAGUAUUUUGUUUCGAGAUAACAGUGUAUAGUAUAAAAAACUGUUUUGAAGGAUUUGACAGCUAGAACAUCAGAAAAUGGACAAUAGAAUUCAAGACCACUACUUUAAGACGAAAAAUCAAUUCAGAUUCAAAAUGUUCAGGCCAUCAUUAAUAAUAGCAAUUCUGGUAGGAGCUGUUCAAGCAAAAGAUUUUGAGAUAGUGAACAGAGAAGGAGGUGCUAUCUGGGUUGGAAUUCAAGCAGGUUCUGGAAAACAAGCUCUAAACAAUGGAGGAUUCAAACUUGAUGGAGGAGAAUCGAAAACAGUUCGAGCUCCAGAUGAUUGGGCUGGUCGUUUUUGGGCGAGAACAUGGUGUGAUGACAGCACAUCCCAUUGUUUAACAGGUGACUGUGGUAACAAAGUUGAAUGCGGAGGUAAUGGAAGUACACCUCCAGCAACUCAUAUAGAGAUCACGCUCACAGGAUCCGGUGGGCUUGACUACUACGAUAUUUCCUUGGUGGAUGGUUUCAACGUACCUGCGAGUGUUGAACCAUCAGGUGGUAGUGGUGAUGGCAGCCAGUACAGCUGCGGAAAAUCUGCAUGUAAACCCAACCUCAAUGACUUGUGUCCGGAAGAACUAAAGUUGGAUUCACCAUAUGGCGUCAUAGGUUGUCAAUCAGCUUGCUUCCGCUUUAACACCGACGAAUACUGUUGCAGGAAUGCUUACAGUACACCUGGGACUUGCAGAAGCAGUGAUUGGAAAAACAAUUAUCCGAAGUUCUUCAAAGACCAUUGCCCAGAUGCUUACAGCUAUGCGUAUGAUGAUCACACAAGUAUUUUCUCUUGCAAGGCUCCGGAGUAUAUUUUAACUUUUGGAUAAUUUACGUUCAUUUUCAAUAUUCUUGAUACUAAUUUGCAAUAGAGUAUAAUCAGC